AUGCAAACUCCAGAACACGUUGACCAAGCCAUCACUGAACUCACAACAAAAAUAGCUGCCCUCGUUAGCAGUAACACCCAUGUUAUCAAACCAAAAGAUCAAACCCGCAACCUGCCCAUCAACAUCCUAAACGCAAUCCACAAAAAACGUAAAGUGAGAAAAAACUGGCAACAUACAAGAAAUCCAGAUGUGAAGCGCUACUCAACAGACAAAAAGCCCUAG